UAUUCUAACCUUUACGUUUUUUCAUAUGCUUUGCCUUGCAGGGCCUGAUCGUGAUGGUGUUCUGGACGAUUAACGAGCUGUGCGAUGACAGUGGGCAACGUGGGUAAGAGAGUCAUGCAACGCCCAGCCCGGCACUACCACAUCCUCCUGGCUGGGGCUGUGCUUCUUCUCCUGGCCGGGUUGACCCUGAGCUGCCCUGCCCGAUGUGAGUGUUCUGCCCAGACCAAGUCAGUGAGCUGCCACCGCAAGCGUCUGAGCACCAUCCCCGAAGGCAUCCCCAUUGAAACCCGAAUUCUGGAUCUCAGCAAAAACAAGCUACGUAUAAUCACACCGGACAACUUCUCUUCAUUUCAACUGCUGGAGGACCUUGAUCUUAGUGACAAUCUCAUCAGUGUGGUGGAAACCGGGUCGUUUCGUUCUCAGCUCGCUCUACGCUCACUGAACUUCCGCAGUAAUGUAAUCCAGUUGAUUCCUGCAGGCGUGCUAUCUGGCCUGACUAACCUCACUCAGCUUGACCUGAACCACAACAGAAUUGUGGUUUUACUGGACCAUGCCUUCCAAGAUCUGCACAAGUUAGCAUCCCUGGAGGUGGGUGACAACGAACUUGUUUUCAUCUCUCAGAGGGCCUUCAUGGGAUUAACUGGUCUUCAAAGUCUAACCCUGGAACGUUCUAAUCUCACUGUGGUCCCUACUGACGCUUUGGCACAUCUACACAACUUGGUGGAAUUACGUAUGCUCCAUUUGAGCAUUAGUUUUCUCAAGCCUUUUUCUUUCAAAAGGUUAUUCCGUCUCCGCCGAUUAGAGAUUGAUUAUUGGCCCUGGUUGGACACACUGCCCCCGCUGUCACUACACGGCCUCAACCUCACAACAUUGUUUGUAACCAACACUAACCUUUCUGCCUUCCCUGGUGCAGCUUUGCGCCAUUUGCCUUACCUCACUCACCUUAACUUGUCUUUCUCUCGAAUUCAGCAUAUCCAUCAAGGAGAGCUAGGGCACCUCCCACAUUUGAUGGAGCUCCGUCUCCAAGGUGCUCAGCUUGUUUCUAUUGAACCCUUUGCAUUUGUUGGCCUCAUAUCUUUGCAACUACUGGAUGUGUCACAAAAUCGCCUGGACUCUCUGGAGAGAGGAGUUUUUGCUUCACCCGACAGCCUCCAGAGGCUUUGUCUGGGUGGAAACCCAUUGGUGUGUGACUGCAGAUUGCUCUGGUUGCUGAACAGCUACAAGCCCCCCUCCCUUCAUAUCCUUGAUAUCCAGCCGGAGUGCAGUGCCCCAGAGUACCUACUGGGAAAAACCUUGCGUGAGCUCAAGGAACCGCUGGUCUCUCGGUACAUGACCUGCACCAAGCCUCGAAUUGGACCGAACAUAACACAGCUGCUGAUGGCUGACGAGGGUCAGCCUGCCCGUUUGAGCUGCAUGGCAGAGGGAGCACCGAGGCCAUCAGUGGUCUGGGUUACACCUCACAGACGCUACAUCACAUCCAAGAGCAGCGGAAGGGUGGAAGUUCAAGCAGAUGGCACCCUGGAGAUCAAGGCUGCGGAGUUACAUGACAGUGGGGUGUACUUGUGUAUUGCAAGUAACCCUGCUGGCAACGCCAGCUUGUCUGCCUCUUUAGCUGUGAAGAGUCUGGCCAUUAGGGACAGCUCUCACAAUAGCAACAGGAGCUCAAAUUAUUUGACAAACUCUAACAGCACUUGGGGGAAUGGGACUGUGUUGUACAACAUGACAGUCCCUAUUGACAUUAAGACUAUCAUUAUAUCCACAGCCAUGGGCUGCCUCUCCUUUCUAGGUGUGGUUGUUUUCUGCUUCCUCCUUCUGUUUGCCUGGAGCAGAGGGAAGGGACGUCAUAAGAGCAACUUUGAUAUUGAAUAUGUCCCUCGAAAAACCAACGGGGCCUCAGCUGAAGCGACAGAAACAAGUGGCCCUCGACGAGUCAAUAUGAAAAUGAUUUGA